AUGUCAUUGCAAGAAUAUAAACUACCUUUUCUUGAAAAUGACCAAGUUCCUUCAAAUUGGAAAUCAAUCAAAAACAAAGUUGAAAAAUAUAUCCGUGAAAUGAAGCUGUCUCCUAUUUUUAAUGAUAUGAUUGUACCAGAAAAAGAAAAUGAACCUGUUUGUGCUGUUUGUUUUGGUGCCAACAAGGACUAUCCUUUAAAUUUAUUCAACACCUGUUGUGCUGGAAAAUUAUAUUUUUGUACUCUAUGUUUAUUACAACAUAAAGACUUUGAUAUAAACUCACUUACACUAAAAUGUCCAAUUUGUAGAAAAACUUUCAAAAAUGAAUUUAAAAUUGUUCUACUACCUGUAGAAAAUAAAUACCUAUUUCCUAAAUCUAUUAAACGACCUUCUGAAAUAACACCAAACUCUCGUGCCAAAACUUUAAAACCAAAAACGUCUGAGACUCCAGAUCCAGUAUUGAAAGAACCACAAACUUAUCCACCAAAUAUUCCUGACCAAAGUGUACCAUAUCAAGAAGUCUUUAAAAAACUUGGUCUUCCUGUGGUAAAAUUCAGAGAACCUCCUCAAAGACAAACAAAUGUGGUUGAAAAAGAUACAUCAGAAGAAACAAGAGUUUCUAAAGAACGUGAAGAAAGAAUUAUGUUUGAAAGACAAAUUAGACAUGAGUUAUUAGAAAUUUAUAACCAAUAUGAUAUUACUAUUCCAAUAGCAAUUCCUGUUGAUUUGAUCAAUGAGAUUGAUAUUUCUUUAAUAGAAGAUAAACAAACUGCAGAAAUCAUGUUGGACAGUGUUAUUGAUAAUUACCAACAUUUCCAUUGA